ACUCGCUCUUAUCUCUCCGUUUCCUUCUCCUUUUCCCUCGCUGCUUGAGAAAGUGUAAACCAGAGACGAGACAAGACCAGACGAGACGAAACGAGACGAGAAUUUUGUGAGAUGUUGGCGAGAGUUCCACCGCCUUCUCUAACUUUCCCGGCGAGAAAUAAAGUUUGUAAUCGGAGGGAGACUGCACUGCUGUUUCGUAACGGCGGAGUAGGAGGAGUGUUAGCGAGAGCCGGUUUCACUCGGCGGCCACUAGAAACUUCAGCCUCGAGUGAGGUCGUUAACGAAUCCACCGAUGACGGAUUCAUCGUAAUUAGACCGGAAGGUCAAGAGAAUGAGUUCUAUCCUCCGCCUUCCUCCGAUUUACUCUCUUCGAUUCCGUCAGAAUCUACGAGAAGAAAUGGUUCGCGUUCUAGAGGAGUAACUGCAAGUUUUGGAAGGCUAAAGGCUCAGAAAGUGAAAGCUCUUGUUGGAAAGGUAACGCAGAAGAAGCAGCAUAUGAGUCACAAUGCGGAACAAAAAGAGGGCGACGCCUCUGACGAGGAUCAUUCUGCGGAUGAAGGGUUUGGCUCAUCAUCGAUUCUGGAUUUGAUGAGGGAGAAGUUGUCUAUGAAGGCUGCUCGUGGAUCAGGAAAAUCUGUAGAGCCGAAAGAGGUUAAAAGGUUCAGCAAAGUGCGGGAACAUAGAGAGCCAAGAGAUUUAGAUAGAUUGGAAGGACAUGAUGGAAAUAUCAACGAGGUAUCAAAUCCUCCAAAAUCUACUGAUAAUGAGAGAUCAGGAUCACGGAGUUCAUAUUCAAAAGGUUCUGCUGCUAACUCCAGGGGUAGAGAAGAUAGGCGUUUUGUUGCCAAAGAGUCGGAUACAUUUCAGCGACGUGAUAGAGCUACUGAUGAGGUUUCAAAUUCUCGAAAGUUCACUGAUAAUGAGAGAGCAGGAUCGCGAAGUUCAUAUUCAAAAGGCUCUGCUUCCAACUCCAGGGGUUGGGGCGAUAGGCGUUCUGUUGUAUAUGCAAGAGAUAUGGAGGAUUGGAGAGAGAGAAGAGAUAUGGAGGAUUGGAGAGAGAGAGGGAAUAAAACCAAGGCAACUAGGGAGACCGGCUUUUUUAGCCGGAAAACUUUUGCAGAAAUUGGAUGUAGUGAGUAUUUGAUGAAGGCGUUGAAGGAACAUAAUUUUGAUCGUCCGGCUCAUAUUCAGGCUCUGGCUUUUCCGCCAGUUGCUGAUGGAAAGAGUUGUAUCAUAGCUGACCAAAGUGGAUCAGGCAAGACACUGGCAUAUCUUGUCCCUGUUAUUCAGCGUCUCAGAGAAGAGGAACUUCAAGGACAGAGCAAAUCGUCUCCUGGUUGUCCUCGUGUUAUUGUUCUUGUACCGACUUCAGAGUUGGCUUCCCAGGUUCUUGCCAACUGUAGAUCAAUAUCAAAGUCUGGGGUCCCUUUCCGUUCCAUGGUAGUGACGGGUGGCUUCAGACAGCGAACCCAACUAGAAAAUUUAGAGCAAGGUGUUGACGUCUUGAUUGCAACACCAGGGCGUUUCAUGUAUUUGAUGAAAGAAGGAAUUUUGGGGCUGUCAAAUUUGAGAUGUGCCAUCUUGGAUGAGGUGGAUAUACUCUUUGGUGACGAGGAGUUUGAGGCAGCACUGCAAAGUCUGAUCGAUUCUUCCCCUGUCACUGCACAGUAUCUAUUUGUUACAGCAACCUUGCCCCUUGAGAUAUACAACAAACUUGUUGAAGUUUUCCCUGAUUGUGAAGUUGUGAUGGGACCUCGCGUGCACCGUGUUAGUAAUGCCCUCGAAGAGGUUCUUGUUGACUGCAGUGGAGAUGAUAAUGCAGAGAAAACUCCUGAGACUGCUUUUCUGAACAAGAAAGCUGCUCUUCUUCAGAUUGUCGAGGAAAACCCUGUUCCCAAAACUAUCAUCUUCUGCAAUAAGAUUGAGACAUGUAGGAAAGUUGAGAAUAUAUUUAAGCGGUUUGAUAGAAAUGAAAGGCAGCUGCACGUCCUACCGUUUCAUGCAGCACUCUCACAAGAGUCAAGGCUUACAAACAUGGAAGAAUUCACCUCAUCUCAUCCCGAAGAUAAUUCACUGUUUCUGGUUUGCACAGAUAGAGCUUCUCGUGGUAUAGAUUUCUCUGGUGUUGAUCAUGUGGUACUCUUUGACUUUCCACGUGACCCGAGUGAAUACGUAAGACGUGUUGGAAGGACAGCAAGAGGGGCUAGAGGAGAAGGAAAGGCUUUCGUCUUUGUGGUGGGGAAGCAAGUAUCACUGGCACGGAGAAUUAUUGAGCGAAACCAGAAGGGUCACCCGGUUCAUGAUGUCCCAAACGCUUACGAAUUCACAACCUAACUUAGUGCUCGUCGUCUAGCUUGCUAGCACAAGCCAAGAACAUGGUCUCCCUUAGAGAACAGAAGUGGACAACAGAUGAAGAAUGAACAUUCACCUCCGAUUACAAAGCUUUGGUUGCUUGUUGAUGACACUUGUCAAUAUAUCAUUUGGAACCCAAGAUUGAGAUUCGCGGGGUUAGUAUUGGUUGGUGUGGAGACCUUGAAGAGAAAGCUUAGUCUCCAAAUCUUCCAUGGAUUGGACCAAUGUGUUGGCUGGGACCAUCCUGAUGUAUGUUGUUGCAACUAAUAAACUCCACAACUACACAUUAUAUUGCAUAUCUUAAUUGUUUUGAGAAAUCAUCAUUUAUAACACAUUAAUAAAUAUCUAUGCUUGCGAGCUUUUCA